GGCAGUCCCACUCACCACCUGACAGCCGCUCGUCAUCGUGUGAUGCUGAACAACCCUCCCUUCUCGUCGUCAGCUCUCACCCACCAACUCAUCUGUCAGGUGCUCGGUCGCACCGCAACGUCGUCUCACCUAGACGUCCCUGCAUGGUUCAUGAGAACCAAACAUCCCAUGCUAAACGUCUGGCUCCACGCGGCCGCGGUGAUCCGACCACACUGCGGCUGCCACACGCGUCGUGCAUACAAUUUCUGACCAACUGCGCC